AUGGGAAACAAUAAUUCUUGCUGCUGUAACAAGAGAGACAAUCAGCAAAACGAAAAUUAGUCUGGCUUUUCUGACAAUCCAAACUUUAAUCUCGAAAAGAAAGUAUAUUAGAGUCCUAGAGGGAAUAAUGACAAUACAAAUGAGAUGAGUAAUUACAAUACUCUGAAGAGCAAAAUAAAUGAGUUUAAACUUAGAUUCAACUAAAAGUUCUUAUCUGGUCAAGGAUCAUAAAAGAAUUUGAACUCUGCUAAUUUGGAAACAGGCUCAACUUAAAGUAAUGCAAAGAGUUAUGUGAACAAUAACAGACAGCGACACAUGUUUACACCGAAUAAAGAUGGUAUGGUAAGUGAGAUCAUGGAUGAGGAUUUGAAUAACUCGAAUGACGAAGAAGUAAGAAGAAAAAGAUAAUUACUAUGCUCAAUAAAUAUUAGUGCUUUAACACCUUGCUACCAAGAAGGGCACGAAGACAUAUUCGAAUAUGAGACCCUUUCAAGCUCUAACCUAUACAUCAACGGCAAGUUACUCUUAAUUUUUAGUGAAUAUGUUGCACCACGAUCUACACCUAAUCAUGAAGCACCUUAGAUUAACUUUGAUUAAUCUCAUAGAUUGCCAACUAUUCAGCCGAAUAAUGCUAAAAGAGUGCUGAUUAAUAGCAAAAUUUACGAUUUAUUCCAUCCUACUCAUGGAGAUUAUCUAUUUGACAUUGUAGGGGUCAAUUAAAACAUUGUAAUAUAACCAAUGGAGAUUCACAAAGAAGAAGAACAAGUAUAAUUUGAAAAUAGCUACAUAAAGGAGACUAAAUUAUUAGAAAAGGUUGUGGGUCUGCUAAAAAAUACUGUGUCGUAUCAGAAAAUAGAUAAAAUAUAGCUCUAAUACGAAACAGAGACAUCCUAUACAUUCAAAAUAAAUUAAACCGGCUAUGAAAAUAUAAAGUUGAAGAUUCCUAAAGAUCCAAAGUAUGUGAAUAUAAAUGAACUCGGAAUACUUGAAGAUCUAUUUUUCGAAGCCUAAUUAUAGAAGCUUUUGUAUGAGUAAAGCUAUAUUAACGAGGUGAAAGAAGAAGUUAUAAUGAUUAAUGCUUUAGAUUAGAGUGUUUCAGACUAUUUAGUGGUUAUUGAGGAACCAGAUCUGUCACUUCAUGAUCUAUAUCACUCAAUUAAAGACCCCAGAGAUAAUUCAAUAAUCUCUCAAGGCUUAUGGUUCAAUAAUAAAAAAGAGCACUUUUCAGUCACAAAAUAUUUACUCUACUUAUUCAAAGCUCUAUAGACAAUCUAAUACUUGCAUAAAAAUGGAAUUGUCUUGAGUGGUAUUAGACCCGAUGAGAUAUUGAUAGAUAGGAGCACAUAAAAUGUCAAAUUCAAAAACUUUCUAUAUUCAAGUGUACUUACUAAAGGUGGUAAACCAAUUCUUGCUUAGUAAUUAGCAAUGGGAAGUAAUGCUAACGAUUCAAGUAGGAUUGAUACUUCAAGAACAGAGGAAGUAGAGAAUGAAUUUGCUGAUAUAAAUGGUGAAUUCAAUAUUUUUAUGAAGAAUAAUGAUCAUUUUAAACUCAAAAGAUACGAUGAAAAAUACUCAGCAACCAAUGAAGUCAGAGAUGUGUUUAAUAAGAAUUUUAAAAAAGAAAUAUUUAAGUUCAAUAAAAAGUAUGUGCACAGUUUGUUUUUGCAAACUUAAAACUACAGCGAAUAGACUAUAAAGUUCAAUGAUAUCGCCUCAAUAAUAUAAUGUUUUAAACUAUCUAAUAUUCAGGAACUAAUAUCUUGUGAAAUUCUAAAUAAGGCUGAAUAAAUGAUUAUUUCUCUGAUUGAAAAAGAGAUUCUUGUUGAUUCAACAAUUUACUUCAAAAACAAAUAAAUACUCAAAAUUAUGAUUAAGAGAUUAAAGAAAUUUGUAUUUUCAAAUCCAGAAGUCCUAAAUUAUUUAAUAGAUCAAAGUGUUUUAGAAGGAAAUUAUUCCUUUGCCCUACAGCUAUGCACUGUCACAUUAGACAAGCAAACUUAAAAUAAAUAUGGAAUAUUUACAGCUUUAAACACAGAAGAUAACUAAAUUACUGUUCAAGAAAAACUGAUUGAGUAUCAUCUGAAAAGAGCUAAAAUCUAUAGACUAAUGAAGUAUCAUUAAAAAACAGCAAUCAAAGAUAUCAAGCAGGCUCUUUUCAUUAUAAACAUGCAUUUCUAGGAGAAGAUAGAGCUUAAGACUAUGUUAAUGAUGGACAUGGUCGAGCUUUUGAUUGAAGUAAAUGAUCUCAAUGAUGCCAUUAUAAAGCUAUAAAGUGUUGAAUAGCAGAUUAAAAAUUCAUCUACUAAUCCUGGAGAAAAAAAUCUUUAAAGCAAUGCAAAUCUUUUGCUCAAAUAUAACGAUAUCAGAGCCAAAAUUUACGAACUCAAAAAGGAUAAACAGAGAAAGCUUACAGUGGAUUAAGAGAGUUACCAGUUAUGCUUAGGAAUAUCAAAUGGUGACUAUAAAAACUAUCGAGUAUAAGAUUAUUAAGAAAGAAUUAUUACUACUUAAAUUUAAAAGGGAAGUUACGAGGAAGCAAAAAGCUCAAUAAAUAAAUAUUAAUAAAAUUGUGUUGGACUCUAUGGAGAUAAUUCUGUUUAGUCUAUUCAAUAGCAUCUUUUUAGAGGAUAAAUUGAAUAAUCAAAGUAAAAUGAAGAUGAAGCUUUGAAUUACUUCACUUCCUAUCUUGAUAUGAUCAGGGAAUAUUAUCCAGAACAAACUAUUCAAAGAGCCAACUUAUAUGAUAGAAUAGGCUUUGUUCUUUCAGACAAGAAGUUUUUUCAAAAAGCAUAAAAUUAUUAUGAGAGAAGUUUAAACAUCAAGCUUUAUAUCUUUGGUGAAAAUAAUGAACAGACUGCAAUAUCCUUCAACUACUUAGGAUCACUUCUUUAAAACUAGAAUCUCAAUCAAUAGGCAUUAGAAUAUUUGAUGAAGGCUCUCAAUAUUCACCUCAAACUUAACUAGAAUAACGAGACUUAUCCUAUGCACUAACUUUAUUAUUAAAUAGCUUUAGCUCAUAAAUCAUCAAAGAACUAUGAAAAGUCUACUUUCUAUCUAGAGAAAACUUUGAUAAUCAUGAAUCAACCUCAAAAUAAGCAUUCUGUUAACUAAACUUUUUUAGCAGAAGUUUACAAUGAUCUAGGCAUGAUUUAUAAACUCAAAUAAGAACAUCUUAAAGCUAUUAAUAAUCUUAAGGAUUGUUUAAAAAUAAAGAAAAAGAUCCUUAAUAAUUAGUCCAAUGAGCAGUCACUCUCUUACUUAUAUCAAAGUCUAGCAUCAUUAUACUUGAGUAUAAAAAAAUAUGAGAGAUCUCUAGAAUAUACAUAGCAAGAAAUUUAAGUGUUAACUCACCACUUUGGAUCUUAGCAUCAAAGUUUAGCUACUCCCUUAUAUAGAGUGGGAACUAUCUAUUAUAGCAUUGGAAAUCAAGAUAAAGCCCUAAUUAGCUUAAAAGAGGCCAGAUAAAUUUUAAAAGCAAACAUAAGUCUCAACUCAGCAAAUAGCUCAGUCAAUAAGAUCAGCCCAGAGCAGCGUAGGAUGAGUACUUCUUCAAUGAGUGGAGCUCAAGGAGAAAGAGACUUGCUGUUUAGAGUUGAACAAUUAAUAGGAGAAUGUAAUGGAGGUAAGAACACAUAGUUUGCAAGAGUUAGAAGUAAUACAUAAAAAGAUUCAACCUCUCAGAGCCCUAGCAAAUUAAAUAUAUUUUCAACUUGA